GGCAGCAGCAGCAAGGGGUGAGGUCGGGUUUGAUCCUUUUUUGGUCCCUUUUUGAGUAGUAACAGUCUGUUGUCGGUCGUCGCAGGGACAGCAUGCCCCGCUCCGAUGCACAAGAGUUCUGCACAAGCCGCACCGCAAAUCACCGAGGGAAUGGCGACCCUCUCGCUCAAGAUCUCCAUUGUGGAGCAGGGUGUGACCAAGACAAUGCAGUUCGAGCCUGCCACCACCGUCUACGACGCGUGCCGAAUAAUCAGAGAGAAGAUUACUGAGGCCAACCUCGGCCAACCGAAAGACUAUGGCCUCUUCUUGGCCGACGAAGAUGCCAAAAUCGGCGUUUGGCUCGAACCUGGGCGCAGCCUUAACUAUUACAUCCUCAAAGGAGGCGAACUGCUGGAGUAUAAAAGGAAGCUCCGCCAGCUCCGAGUGCGUAUGUUGGACGGCACUUUGAAAACCAUGUUGGUCGACGACUCCCAACCAGUCGCCAACCUGAUGGUGGUCAUCUGCACGAAAAUCGGAAUUACGAACCAUGACGAGUACAGUUUGGUCCGUGAAUUGCCAGAAGACGAACUCGAAAACAAGCCUGGAAACUACGGCACCCUCACCCUGAAGCGCAGGAAGGAGGAAGGUCGCGAACGCGACGCCAAAAUGGAACAGCUGAGGAAGAAGCUGAAAACGGACGACGAGGUCAACUGGAUUGACCCUUCAAAAACUCUAAGAGAGCAAGGCAUCGAUGAGUCUGAGACCGUGCUGCUCAGGCGAAAGUUCUUCUUCUCCGAUCAGAAUAUCGACUCUAGAGAUCCCGUCCAACUUAACCUGCUGUACGUGCAGGCCAGGGAUGCCAUCCUCGACGGAACCCACCCCGUCACCCUGGAGAAGGCGUGUGAAUUUGCUGGAAUUCAGUGCCAGAUUCAGUUUGGCGAUUUUGUCGAGACUAAGCACAAGCCAGGAUUUUUAGACCUGAAGGAGUUUUUGCCACAGUCCUAUAUCAAGAUCAAGAGUGUAGAAAAGAAAAUUUUUGCCGAACACCGCAAACAUAUCGGAAUCAGUGAGCUCGAUGCAAAGGUCCUCUACACCAAAACGGCUCGAGAUUUGAAAACCUAUGGUGUUACCUUCUUCUUGGUGAAGGAAAAAAUGAAAGGCAAGAACAAGUUGGUUCCGCGCCUUCUGGGAGUCACCAAAGACUCUGUUCUGCGUCUGGAUGAGCGCACUAAAGAAAUCUUGAAAACGUGGCCUUUGACCACCGUGCGUCGCUGGGGGGCUUCUCCCAACACUUUCACCCUUGAUUUUGGUGACUACUCCGACCAGUAUUACUCUGUUCAAACGACUGAAGCAGAGCAAAUUUUGCAACUCAUAUCAGGAUACAUUGAUAUCAUUUUGAAGAAGAAACAAGCCAAGGAUCAUUUUGGAAUUGAAGGUGAUGAAGGCUCUACCAUGGUGGAGGACAGCGUGUCUCCCAAUAAGGCCACCAUUCUUCAGCACGAGACAAGCAAAGUUGGCAAAGCCAAUACAGCGUCACUUGCAAAGCCUGCAAUUAUGAGAGCAGGUGCUGAUGGCGCUCGACCCUACGGAACUGGCCACAUGGGAGGUGCGCAGUUCACAACUGUAACAGGCCAGGCCAACAUUUCCCACUCUGCCGCGCCCAUGGUGAUGCAAACCAAAGUAACCACUGUGAUGAGUGAGCCGCAAAGGGCUCUCGUGGGCACAAUCAACGCUGGCCACGACGCCAUCAGUGCUGCUGAACACGAGUUGCAGACUAAAGCUCAGCUCCCGAAGCUAGGAAAUGAUCCUGCCUCGAUAAAAUGGAAGGAGACCACUUUGGACACAAACAAGCAGAGCGUUUCCUCGCAAAUUGCUGCGAUGAACGCAGCCACGGCCCAGGUUGUCACCCUGACUUCAGGCCCAAGCGAAGAUGUAGACCACAAUGCGGUUGGUGCCGCUAUUUCCACCAUCACUAGCAACCUGCCUGAGAUGACCAGAGGAGUGAGGAUGAUCGCUGCACUCAUCGACGAUGACGAUGGCGGAGACAAACUCCUUGACGCAGCCAGGCGUCUUUGCUCAGCUUUUAGCGACAUGCUCAAGGCUGCCGAACCUGAGGCCAAGGAGCCUCGACAGAGUCUGCUGAAUGCUGCUGGCAAAGUUGGUGAAGCCUCACACGCUGUGUUGGCCUCAAUUGGAGAAGAAGAUGACAGCAGCCGUGAGCUACAGGAAAUGCUCCUUGGUUUGGCCAAGGCCGUUGCGAACACCACUGCGGCCCUCGUGUUGAAGGCCAAGAAUAUUGCCGCUGCUUGCGACGACCAAAACACCCAGAAUCAAGUCAUCGGUGCUGCCACCCAGUGUGCCUUGGCCACUUCUCAGCUUGUUGCUUGUGCCAAGGUUGUGGCUCCAACCCUGCAGAAUGCUGCCUGCCAAGAGCAACUAGUAGGUGCUGUGCGAGAGGUCGCCAGAGCUGUUGAACACCUUGUUUCUGUGUGCCAAGAAGCUCAGCCCGAGCAGAAACUGAUGGGUGAUCUGAACGGUGCAGUUGCUGAAGUCACCAGGUCGCUGAACGACCUCUUACACCACAUCAAGUUCACCGUCAAUGAGCGUGGUAGAGAAAACAUGCACGAAGACGCGGUGGAAACAAUCAUGGUCACUACGGACAGGAUGAUGUCUGUGUCUGGAGAUUCAGCCGAGAUGGUCCGCCAGGCCCGCAUCCUCGGCCGAGCCACUGCCCAACUAAUUCAAGCCAUCAAGGGUGAGGCCGACGUCCAGCAGGACACUGAGGUGCAGCGUCGCCUGCUGUUGGCUGCCAAGACCUUGGCCGAUGCCACCGCUCGCAUGGUGGAGGCUGCCAGACUGUGCGCCUCCUCGCCACAUGAAGCCACGCAUCAAGACGCACUCCGCCACGCUGCUGAGGAAAUCCGGGCUGCCACUACCAACGCUUCCACACCCGCCAUGCGUGCUCGCAUCAUUCAGCGACUUGAGAAUUCGGCGAAACAGGUUGCCAGCUGCGCUACGCAAACCCUGUCUGCAGCCCAGGGCUCUCUAUCCUACAACACGAACCAGGUUACUCACCAACACCUUCUAGCUGAGUGCAGGCAACUGGCAGAUCAAGUGCCCAAACUUGUUGAGAGCAUCAAGAACACGUCUGCAAGGCCAGAAGACCCUGAGGCCCAGUUGACCCUCAUCGAGACCAGCGAGACCAUCUUGCAGCCUGGAAGCAGAGUCAUCCAGUCAGCCAGAAGUGCUGUUCCCACCGUUUCAGACCAAGCGUCUUCCACAGCCCUCAGUCAGAGCUCGCAGCAACUGGCGUCUGCCUUGGGUGACCUCAGGUCUGCCACCGCCAGAGCCAGAGAAGCUUGCGGGCCUGAACUGGAACUCGAGAGCGCUGAGCGAUUGGUCGCGGGAAUGCGCCAAGAACUUGCUGCCUUUGAGAGACAAGUUCAGCUCUCUCAGCUACGGCCAAUUCCUGGCGACACUGCUGACGCAUCAGCACUUCAGCUUGGAAGCUCUGCCCAGAAUGUUGUAGCCUCAAUGGCCAAGUUGGCCUCAGCAGCCGCUCAGGGCAAUGAAAACUACACUGGUCGUGAAGCUCGCGCUACUGCGGCAGCCCUUAGUGAUUUCACAAACUCUGUGAGGGCAGUUGCUGCCACCACCAAUGACAAGCCAAUGCAGACAAAGAUUAUCUUGAAUGCUGAAGAGGUCAUGGAAAGGUCACUUCUGUUCCUUGACGAAGCAAGGAGGGCCGUGGUUGAAGGCAAUGACAAAUACGAUGUUAGAACCUUGGGUCAGUGCUGCAAGAGGGUGCAACAGUCAAUCGAUGAAACUAUCAACUGCCUGCCAUCGCAGAAGGAUGUUGACGACGCUAUCAAUAUCAUCAAUGAGGCCUCGCAAAUUCUGGCCAUGAACGAGUACCCACCGACAAACAAAUCCUAUGGUCAAUUGACUCAAGACCUGCACAACGCUGCUGCCUAUUUGAACGACGCCUCCACUGACGUUGCUGGCUCUGUUGGAAGCGCUGGUGAGCUGUCUAACGCGUCCAAGAAGUACGGAGAUGCUUUCACUAACCUCCUUACCGUUGGAAUGGAAAUGGCUGGACAGACAACUGAACCUGAAACCAGGAACUUGAUGAUCAUGUCCCUUAAGAGCAUAACUGUGACAUCGUCCAGUCUGUUGAUUACUUCCAAAUCGGUCGCCGCCGAUCCAAGCGCCCCCAACGCCAAGAACAAGCUUUCUGGCGCGGCUCGUGCUGUCACAGACAGCAUCAACCAAUUGGUCGACGUCUGCACCCAGUCGGCUCCAGGCCAGAAGGAAUGUGACAACGCUUUGAGGAACAUUCAAGCCAUGAAGCCUCUGCUGGACAACCCAAGCGAGCCCGUGAGCGAGGCCACCUACUUUGAGUGCCUAGACUCGGUGAUGGAGAAAUCCAAGAGCCUUGGCGAUGGCAUGACCGGCAUUGCCAACCACGCCAAAAAGGGUGAACACCAAGAAUUCGCCUCUUCAGUGCGCAACACCAGCGCCGCCAUUUGCGGCCUUGUUGAGGCUGCUGCUCAGUCGGCCUUCCUGGUCGCGGUCUCAGAUCCAUCCAGCUCUGCUGGUCGUCCUGGGCUCAUAGACCAAGCCAUGUGCAGCAGGGCCUCCCACGCCAUCCAUACAGCAUGUCAGAGCCUGUCCAACCAGGCCAGCAGCCAACAGCAGGUCUUGUCAGCCGCCACCAUCAUCGCCAAGCACACAAGUGCCCUUUGCAACGCGUGCCGCAUUGCCUCAGCCCAGACACACAACCCGGUGGCCAAGAGGCACUUUGUCCAGUCAGCCAAGGAUGUUGCUAACUCCACUGCUAAUCUUGUCAAAGAAAUCAAGGCUUUAGACAGGGAUUACAGCCAACAGAAUAGAGAGCGUUGCGCUGCCGCCACCCAGCCCCUUCUUGAUGCAGUGGACAGCCUGUACAACUUUGCCAGCUCUUCCGAGUUCGCCUCUGUUCCUGGAAGAAUUUCCGAGGAGGCGAGACGCUCCCAACAGCCUAUCACUCAGGCUGGACGCUCCAUCAUUGACGGCUCUUGCGCCAUGAUCGGCGCUGCUAAAUCGCUGGCCGUCAACCCCAGAGACCCUCCAACCUGGCAGAUCCUGGCCAACCACAGCAAGUCUGUUUCUGAUUCAAUCAAAAGACUGGUGUCCUCCAUUAGGGACAAGGCGCCGGGACAGAAGGAGUGUGACUAUGCUAUUGAACUCAUCAACAAUAAGAUCAGAGACCUCGACCAAGCCUCUCUGGAUGCUGUCUCUCAGUGUCUGAGACCACGGAAGGAAUUGAACGCCCAAAAAUACAGAGAGCAAACCGAAGCUUCUGCUAGUGAAAUUCUCGAUCGUUUGGAGCCUCUGAGGAGUGCAGCCAAGUUUGAGGCCGAAAAGAUUGGCCAUUCCGUUACUCAGGUUGCUAACUACCUUGACCCAUUGGUCAACGGUGCCAUUGGAGCCGCCUCCAACAUGACCCACUCGAAACAACAAAUGGUGCUUCUUGAUCAGACCAAGUCUGUCGCCGAAAGUAUUCUGCAGUUUGUCUUUGCGGCAAAGGAAGGCGGUGGUAAUCCCAAGGCAUUGAAAAUCCAUCCAGACAUUGAUGAAGCGUGCGAUGCCUCCAAGGAAGCGCUGCAAGAUUUGGGCAGCUCCCUUGAAAAACUAGCCACUCAAGCUGGAAUCGUUACAGGCAUUGUCGAGUCUAUCUCUCGCUCGAUGGCGCGCAUCACCGAUCGUAGAGUGACCCACAUGGAAACCAACAUUAGCUUUGUCGACUACCAAACCAGAAUGGUGACCUGCGCCAAGGAACUGGCCAGGAUCUCGCAGGAGAUGGUCGGUAAGGCCGGCUCCUCGGACACAUCCCGCCUCGCUCCCCUCGGCGGCGAGCUCUCCAGGCAGUACGCUCAGCUUGCUUCGGACGCCGGCGGAGCUUCCUCUGCCACAACCAACCCUGACGUGGCUCAACGCCUGACAUCGGGCGUCCAAGACUUAGGCCAGUCAUGCAUCGACCUUGUCAGGUCAGGAGGAAACUGCCAGCCAGGUGACUCAUUCGCGCAGAGGGAGGUCGCGGAGGCCGGCAGGAGCGUGUCUGAAAAGGUGUCGCAGGUGCUGGCCGCACUCCAGGCCGGCUCCAGAGGCACUCAGGCGUGUAUCAACGCCGCCUCCACUGUUUCCGGCAUCAUUGGAGACCUGGACACGACCAUCAUGUUCGCCACCGCUGGCACUCUACACGCCGAAGGGGAGGGCGAGGUAUUCGCCGAUCACAGGGAGCAAAUCCUGAAGACGGCCAAGGCACUGGUUGAAGACACCAAAACCCUGGUCGCAGGAGCCGCCUCCUCUCAGGAGCAGUUGGCCGUCGCCGCCCAGAACGCGGUGACCACCAUUGUCCAGCUGGCUGAGGUCGUCAAGCACGGCGCCGCCUCUCUGGGCUCAAACAAUCCUGAGGCUCAGGUGAUGCUGAUUAACGCAGUCAAAGACGUGGCUUCCGCUUUGGGCGACCUAAUCCAAGCCACCAAGGCGGCCUCCGGCAAGAGCAUAACCGAUCCAUCUAUGAACCACCUCAAGGAGUCCGCAAAGGUAAUGGUCACGAAUGUCACGUCACUGCUGAAAACCGUCAAGGCCGUCGAGGACGAGCAUAGUCGAGGCACCAGAGCUCUCGAAGCUACCAUUGAAGCCAUCGCGCAGGAGAUCCGCGCCCUGCAGUCGAGCGAGCAUCCCAAGACUAGAGUGAGUCCUGAGGACCUGGUGCGCUGCGCCAAGCCCAUCACGCAGGCGACGGCCAAGGCCGUGGCCGCCGGCAACAGCGGCAAGCAGGACGACAUCAUCGUCGCCGCAAACAUGGGACGCAAGGCCAUCUCGGACAUGCUAACCAUUUGCAAGGCCGCCGCUUUCCAGGCUGACAGUAAAGAGAUGCGCCUAAGGACCAUCGAGGCCGGCUUCAACGUGUCCUCGCAGUACAGGGAGCUGCUGCUGAUCGUGCUGCAGGUGCUGGAAAAGCCAGCGUCCGCCUCCGAGACCAAACACCACAUGGCCACCAUUUCCAGAAGAAUCGCGCAGAGUGUGACGGAGCUUGUUGCUGCUGCCGAAAUGCUUAAGGGAACCGAUCUUGAGGAUCCUGACGACCCGACCGUGAUCGCCGAGAACGAGCUGCUUGGUGCUGCCGCGUCGAUUGAUGCUGCUGCCAAGAAACUGGCCAGCCUCCGUCCGAGACGUUCCGUCCAGGAAACUGACGAAAGUCUAAACUUUGACGAAAUGAUUCUUGAAGCCGCCAAAUCCAUUGCCGCAGCCACGUCUGCACUUGUCAAGGCUGCAUCUGCUGCUCAGAGAGAACUUAUUGAACAGGGAAAGGUGAGCCGUCGACCGCUGUGCAGUUCAGACGACGGCCAAUGGUCAGAGGGUCUGAUUUCGGCCGCCAGACUGGUGGCCGCCGCCACGCAUAGCCUGGUGGAGAGCGCCAACGGUCUAGUGCAAGGAGUCUCCGGCGAGGAGAAACUCAUCUCGGCGGCCAAGCAGGUGGCCUCGUCCACCGCGCAGCUGCUGGUCGCGUGCAAAGUCAAGGCUGAUCCAGACAGCGCCUCUACCAAGAGGCUGCAAGCAGCAGGCAACGCAGUCAAGCGGGCCACUGACAACCUGGUCAGGGCGGCCCAACAGGCCGCCGCGCAGGAGGAGGAGCGCUCGCUGGUGCUCAAUAGGCGCAUGGUCGGUGGCAUGGCCCAGGAGAUCAACGCCAGGAGCGAGGUCUUGAGGAUUGAGAAAGAGCUGGAAGAGGCCCGAGGCCGUCUAACAGCUGUCAGGCAAGCCAGGUACAAAAUGAAGGCUCCAGGCGCCGGCUCUGGAGAUGACACCGGCGACGAAGGUGGUUAUGGCAGUGGCUACGAGUCGUUUACCAGUCGUUACGAAACACGCACAUUCGACCAGAGCCAAAGCCCGAGCAACCAGAUGUACGCGAGUACCCCUGCAAAACCAGCAGCAAUCCCGCAGCAAAACGCUGCGCCCGCACCCGCACAGUCGCCUUACAAUAACGGCACGGCCAACUACUCGCACAGUAACGGAACCAUGAGCACGUUCGGAACCCCGAUCCGCUCCCACCAGUUGCAGCAGAUGGAGAACAGCGCCCAGCAGAGCUACCACACCAGCGAGGUAUCUUCGAGUAAUCAAAGAAUUGGAACUGAAGAAAAAAUGAUGCAGAUGAUGCAGCAGUCGAACCAACGCAUCGAGCGAACGAUGACGACGGUGACGCAGCACCAACAGCAUCAACAGCAGCAGCGGCAGACGCUCUCGUCCUUCCGCACAAUCAACCAGAGUUGAAAGCACAAUAACAAUCCAGUCUUGUCGCCAUGAUGAUUGAUAAUAAUAUUUAGCAGGAUGCUUUUUAACUUCCGAGACGUGUCUACGUUUAAAUGUCACGCACAGUAUUUUAACUUUUAACCGAUGAUUACAAAAUGAGCUUUUAGGGACCUUCUUUGCGAAUGGGGUUCUGUCAAAUGUUCAAAGCAUUUUAACUUGCGCGUCACGUUUAGUUCAACCACUUCGAGUGAAUUUUUACUUUCAAACGAGUACCUUUGCUUGUUUCCAUUCAUAUUUUUACCACGUUUCCUUGUGUCCCCUCUAAAUGAAGGUCCAUGCCUUAUGGAAUCGUUGACGCACAACCUUCGCCAGGUUGUUAAUUGUAAACUUAAAGAAAGAAUGAACCUAGCACGUAACUUAAAUUAGAACGUUGAUUGUUCUUCAUUUGUUUGCUGUGGUGCUACAAUAAUUGUAUUAUAGUAACACGGUAGCAUUUUAAGUGGUAAUGUUAUACUUUUUAAACGAUGCAAUCAUUGGUAUGUUUACAAUUAUUUGGUUCAUUUCAUAGAAAGUCGUUAAUCAAAAUCAGUUUUAACUUGUGUACUGUUUAGAUGGAGUAAAGGCGAUGCUUUAAUAAUUACCUAUUAACACGUAAGGACAGAGUCUUCAAAAAAAUAGUGAAAACUAUUAUAUUGCUCUCAAAAUUAGGUGCUCCACGAGUAAAUUCAAAACACGGUGCUUCGAUAUUUAUUUACACGCAAUAUUCAUUAAUCCACUCCGUUCUAAUGUUUCGCCCAAGUAACUUUUAUUAACGAAUCAACAUAUCAUUUAGAAUUUUAAUAUCUCCUUGUUUAAACGUUUCAUUAUUCAUUAAUUACAAAUAAUAUAAUUAUCUUCUGCCGCAAGAGCAAAGUUUUGCCAAAGUUUUAGUUUUUUUGGAAUGACCUUAGGAGCAUUGUGGUUCACUCGAAAGGAAAUUGAUAGAAAAAGUGCCUGGUGCGUGUGAAAACGCUGCCAUGAAUCAUAAACGGGAAUACAUAUUUGCAGAUGGAGACAUCAAUAGAAUGGGUAUGGAUUAUAUUGUCACCUUCAAGAAUUUUAUAUGCCAUAUAUAUUACUGAACUAGUGCAUUAAGGCUACAAUAUGAUAUGAACUUGUCAGUCCUAGAUUUGUAACAGGAGGCCUUAUCGAUUGAAAACUGCUUUGUAAAUUAUUGCUACUUUUGUGCAACGGAUUGUGUCUCAGACAGAAAUUUGAAACUUGAAAUUGAACUGGGACUGUUCAAAGAAAUGAGAAAUGCUAAAUUCUAUAUUUAUAUCUCACACAAAAACAGAUGAAUAUUAUUAGGAGUACUAUUAUUACUAUUCAUAUAACAGAAUAUAUCGUGACUAAAAACGUCGUAAUAUGUUUUACCGUGUUUUACAAAAUAAAGAUAUCACUUGUUAACUAAAA